GAAGGCUGCAAAAGGGUGAAUGAAGAAGGGCUAAAGGGAGUAUGUUUAUACAAAAGAAUGUUUUCAACACAUAUAUCUCAGAGUAACUAAAAGAUGAAAAUAGAAGUGUGAUAUUACUAUUGCUUACAAUUAAUGAAGUGUGACUUUAUUAUUACCAGUCGAGGCUCCAAGGGAGGACGUAAUGCGAGCUGGGUAUCCUAUAAAGAGGGGCAUGCAAUUUCUAAUUUUUUGAGCUUGUGGCAAAUAUUUCUAACGCGGUAUUAAAGAUUGUGAUGCGGUAGCCUGAGCAUAGUACUGGGCGUGUUGUGGACGCAAGAGACCACUUGAAAACGCUCAAAAACCUCUUGGAGACACACCCUAGUACAUCUGUGUUUGCUUGAACUGAAGGAACAAAAAAUAAGGUUAACCUCACUCCCAGGGAGAACGCCAGUGACACCUGUUGCAGACUCCCGCUUGCGGGUCGAUAAGGGCGAAUACACAGACAUCGAUCCACUUAUUAAAAGAGAGGAUAACUGCAUUGGAAGACGUGAAGGCGCUAAAUCUACACUUCCCUGACAUGCGCAGUGUAUCCAGUAACGUCAAAUUUUUGAAACGCUGAAGAAGGAAUACAACACCGAGACUGAAUAAGAUUACUUUAGAGUGGACGAUGACGAUCGAACUGCUGCUAAACCCAGUGGAGUGUUGUUCAUGUUUAGAAUGAGAGUCGCGGGUUAAACUAUCAGAACAAAACAAUAUUUGAGGAUCACCACGAUGUUUUCUCAACAUAAAAAGCAAACUUUGGCGAUACACCCUGAUGACCCCGUCUUUCGUGUCGCCUAUCUGGGCAAAAUUGAAGUCUCCAACGCCAUAAAGCCGUCUGCUGUCGUCGAAGCCGUUCAUGCACUGUGGAAACGCGCUCACAAGAUCGGGCCAGAGAAGCUCCCGAGGGUUUCCAUCACCCUUGGUCCUCAUGGGAUUUUCAUGGAGGAUACGCGUCCAAACACCAACCAUCAGUAUCAGUUCAGCUUAGGGAAUAUCUCGUAUUGCAUGGCGAACAAAGGCUAUGGGUGCGUUUUUGCUUGGGUUGUGGCGGAGUCAGGGAGACGUCGAAGCAGCGCAAGUGACUUGCAGGUCAACGGAAGCAGCGAAACGGAUUCGAGAAGCGAAUCAGAAGAGAAAAACCCGCGGUGUCACGUUGUUGUUUGCGACAGAGAGGACGUUGCGCGUGCCAUGGCGUUGCUGAUGACCGCGUACUUCAACUCCGCCUAUCGUGAUCACAAGUCUAAAGAAAAGCUGGAAACGCGGAAGCAGGAGACGCGAGAGAUGAUCAGCGAAUUAGAAAGCCGACUUCCGUCGAUAUCAUCUGAUGAUGACGUCUCCCCCGCCCCAUCGCGGUCCGAUUCCCGCCAGUCAUCUACGAGAUCCGAUAAGUCGGACAACAGCGACAAGGUCAGUCCUAUUCACGCGAUGGUGGCCAAGGCAUUUGGGAUGUCACCAAAGGCACUUUCUGAGACAGACUCAAUAGCAAUGCGGAACACCCAAGAAAAGCUUAGAACACUUAAGGUUGACCCAGAUAGAAUAAACGGGAGAGGAGAGCUUGAGACCAUGUUUAAUUGGGUUGGUAAAAGUGAUACAUAUGCUCACUAUUAGGAACACUUUGGGGGUAUUAAUCAAAAUUCAAUUACCCCUAAGUAUACCUUCUCUUUCUUCUCUUUCUCGAAGUAUCCGUUACCAGAUAAAUCUCAACUUUUUAAAUCCAAAUGUUGUAUCGCAUCACUCGCCGCAUACUAAUCUUGGAUAUUUGCGAGACAGAUGUUCAUAUCAGUUCUGAUGUGGUUACCCUACAUCCAAAAUUGAGACGGAGUCGAAUGGAUUUAACUAUUUACAUAAUAACUCUUUUAGUAUCAUAGUGGCUAUGCCUACCCUUCCCUUUUAAAAGCUCAAUAUUUUCAAUUCCUUUCGUUGGAUCGGCAUUAGAAAAGCCCGUAAUUAUAGAAUGCUAAUUUUGAUUACAUUAUGGACUAAAAUAAUGCAAUUUGCAAGAGUAGUGUCGUCAAUAAUAUAUAUGACAAAUUAACAGUGCCAUUAUUAAUAAAUUUUGAUGUACUACAUGUAGAUAAAAAAAAACAUCGUCGACAAACGGAAUCUUGUGGGACUUCCAUUGUAACUUUUUAGAAAUUUGAAAUGGUCCUAUUCAAACAAAUCGUCUGCCCUCGGAUCAAAGGGAAGAUUAAAACCACUAAACAUUGAUAUCAGAACAGCCGAUGGUUUUCAAUUUAUAAGUAAUAGGUCAUGUUCAUCUGUGUCAAAUUGUUUUUAUCAAAACGUUGAUGACAAGUGGGUUCAUUUCGUUACCAACAUUCAGUGAUUAUGGUUAAGUAGUUCCUAUCGGUUGUAACGUAAAGAGGACGAAAAUGUGCACCGGUUAUAAGAUACAAUAUUUCAUUUAUUUCGAGAAAUCACAUGUUUGUAACCGGGGUUUGUAAAUGAUCAGCUUCAUCAAUAUUCUGAUAGCUUAUUCAUAUUUUGCUUCAUAAUUAUUUGGAGUGGGCAGCUAUGAAAAUCAGAAUUACACUUACUUUUCGAAGAUUUGUGGCACCAGUCUUUUUUUGCAAUCGGUAAGCCAAGUCUAUCUCCGGUGGGUUUAUCAUGAUUCAUGAUUUCUUUCAACAGAUGCGGUUGUAAGUAAUUGUACGUUAAAUUUGUUUUCUGAAUUAAAAAUCUCAUUGUCAUCUAAAUUAUUUCAGAGUGUUCCGGAAUACUACGUGUAAUAUUUUGAGUACAUAGUAAAUAUUGAGUAAAGGUAUAUACUCCAUGCUGAUUUUCUUUUUUUAAUAAAACCCUGAAAAUUACAACAAAGUGUGACAAGGAAUAACAAAGUUACAACGUUUUAAAUUUCGGCAUUAUUUUGGUUAAACAGUUAUUAGCACGUCUUUAUGAAUAUAUAUAUAUAAUUAUAUAUACAUACACAAUGAGCAAGCUGGUGAUGUCCUGUCUUCAUUUAUCUAUUUUUAAUUCUAUCACAUGAAAUUAUAUUUAUUCAAUUUUUGUACAAUAAUGAUACAUGUAGUAAUUGGAUUCACUACAGAUUUAGUGUGUAAGAUGAUCAUCCCAACAACUUAUUCUGUUUCAGGGGAGACAUAUUAUACACAAGUGUUGAUCUCAUAACAUAUAAGAAAAAAAUGAAAGUGUGGACAUGACAUCAUUAGCUCACCUAUGUAUUGCAUAUUCUUGACGGUGUGUAUGUAACUCUUUUCACGAUUUGCUAGAAAUACUUGUUUUCAUAUUUUGAUAAACUUUUCAGUGUUUUCAUGGUGAAUAGCACUCAAAGUUUAGAUAUAUUUAAGCCCGGAGUAAAUCUUUAUAGGAUUCUUAGUGAACACAAAGCAUUAUAUUAAGUCCUACAAAAUUAUUUCAUGAUAUAAAUAUACAAUAUUGUGACCAAACCCAGAAUAAAUCUUAACAUGGUAUAAAUUCCAUAAUUCAUAUGAAAAAAAACCUUAUCAUUUGUGAACAUUGUUUGUUUCUUGCGAUUAUGAAACCUAUUUAAGUCUUUAAAAUAAUUAUUGUUUAAUCCUUUUUAAGUAUCAGUUUAUAGAUAAAUUUCCCUAGUCUCUCAGUCAACCCAAACAUGUAAUAACCUUCAGUUUGCCGGAGCAAAUGAAAAUUAUUUCUAUUAAUAUGUCUGUAUUAUCAUGAAUGCAUAUACAACCUUAAGAUGAAUGAAUUGUGCCACAUAAUUAUGCUAAACCAUCUCUUCAUGAAAAUGCAUGUUAAUUCGUAAAGUUUAGAUUAUUUCAUUCUCUAAUCUGCAUUACCUGGCGCAUCUUAGCAUGCAACAACCUUGAAUGCCUUUAAAAAUAUUUUCAUUAUAUUUUGGUAAUUCAGGGAAACGUCUUCAUGGUCUUAGACGAUGUAGUUUUCAAUGUUGGAGUUGAUUGAUUAUUUUAAUUCGAUUUGAUUAGACUGGGCUGGUAGUGGCGUAUCUAGCCCGAUUAGAAGCAUUAUUUUUCAUGUUUUUGAUAAGCCCUCUCGAUCCGCCAAUGAGGACAGGGUAGUAUUUUCGCAUUCUUGUUCUUAAAAAAAUAAUUAUUCACCUAAUCUUGAGUUAUUAAAAGUAUCUCUUAUCCCAUAUUUAUUUUAAACAAUAUUUAUGUCAUAAUUUUGUUUUAAAUAAUGAUUCCAUUUGGGGUUUUUCAUAUCUAUUUCUUAUCAUUGUUCAAUUACCUUGCUUUUGGACCCUAUAUAACUAUAUGCCUGCAUUGUCAGUGUUUAAUUGGAAAAAAUAUUUAGACAUAUAUUUUAAUGCAUUUUCCUUUAAAUAAAAACGUUAGCUAUGUUAAACUCUCGGUAUGACAUGUAUAAAACAUGCUUUUUCUGCUAAAAUUUGCAGUAAAUUUUUAAGUAUUUUCCCCCUUUUUCUUUUCAAUAAACCAAUUUGUAAUUGUUUUUACCUUAUUGUUUGAAUAAUCUUUACCUUUUGAACAGAAUUUCGAUAUUUGAUGUGUGCAUAUGUCAUACAUUAUAAGAAAAUUCCAAUCCAUUUCCAGGAUCAUUAGCAAAUGAACAUUUGAAUUACCCAAACGAUAUUUAAUUGACCUAUGUACGACUUGAUGCCUUAAUUUAUGCAUGACUAUGUAACAAUUGUUAUUGAACGGAAAUGUGAAUUUCCUACAUGGACAUCUUAUUUACCUAUUCGGAUAAUUCAUUUUCAAGAUGAACAUUUGAUUUACCAUUGAAAAUAAAUUAUAUUGUGCGGACACUUGACUUCUCUGUAAGGACACGUUCUUCAUCUAUGAGGACAUAAGUCUGGCUGAUGGGACAUUUGAAAUACCU